UCAGUCAGUGUUUGAGAGUAUGCAAGGCUAUAAGCUGGCUGGUGCUCAAAACGUGAGUACGAGUAGCUGUGAAUGAAACAGAGCCUGCUGCUUCAGGAAGCAUAUUAGAGUGCUGAACGUGAGACGCAUUUUAGAAAAAAAAAAAAAACAAGACGAACAAACAGCAACAACAACACAAAACAGUAUUUGCUGGGAAUGCUAACACUGAUUGGACAAUGUCCACUGACCAAGCUGUGAAGAUGGACUCCCAGCCCCCUGACAGCAUGAUGACAGAGUGGGGAGUGGACCUCUCUCCCAAGCAGGACAAGGGCGUGUGCAAGGUGAUAAUGAGGCCCGGAGAUGAAGCCGAGUCCCCCAUGACUGGAGACCGGGUCUCUGUCCACUACACCGGGAAACUGCUGAACGGGAAGAAGUUCGACUCCAGCCGGGAUCGCAACGAGCCUUUCACCUUCAACCUUGGCAGAGGGCAGGUGAUCAAGGCGUGGGAUAUCGGGGUCGCCAGCAUGAAGAAAGGGGAGGUGUGCCAGCUGAUGUGCCAUUCGGAGUACGCCUACGGAGUGUCAGGGAGCCCCCCCAAGAUCCCCCCCAAAUCCACCUUGAUCUUCGAGAUCGAGUUGUUGAACUUCAAGGGAGAAGAGCUGACUGAAGACGGGGGUGUUAUUAGAAGAAUAAAGCAGAAGGGGGAGGGCUUUUCAAACCCCAACGAAGGGGCCAUUGUGGAAGUUCAUCUGGAGGGGCGCAGCGGGGGGCGUGUGUUCGACUCACGGGACGUCCAGUUCGUGGUGGGUGAGGGGGAGGACCACAGCAUCCCCCUGGGAGUGGACAGAACCAUGGAGAAGAUGCAGAAGGGAGAAUGCUGCCUGAUCUACCUCAAACCACAAUAUGGGUUCGGGGAUGAGGGGAAGCCGGAGUUCCACAUUGAACCAAACGCUGAGCUCGUCUACCAAGUGACGCUGAAGGAUUUUGAAAAGGCCAAGGAAUCGUGGGAGAUGAGCAUAGAGGAGAAGCUGGAGCAGGCUGUGGGGGUGAAGCAGAAAGGCACGCAGUAUUUCAAGGCGGGCCGCUACGUGCAGGCGAUGCUCCAGUACCAGAAGAUCGUGGCGUGGUUAGAGAUGGAGUGCGGGCUGGUGGAGGAGAAGCAGAGAGCCGUGCACGACCUGAUCCUGGUGACACAGCUCAACCUGGCCAUGUGCCACCUGCGGCUGCGGGAGUACACACACGCCGUGGAGAGCUGCGACAAGGUGAUUGAGCUGGACAGCUCCAAUGAGAAGGCUCUGUACCGGCGGGGUGAGGCGCGGCUGCUGAAGAACGAGUUCAGCCUGGCGCUGCGGGACUUCGGGAGGGUACUGGAGGUGAACCCCAAGAACCGAGCAGCGCGAACGCAGAUCAGCGUCUGCAAGCGCAAGAUCCGUGAGCACCACGAGAUGGACAAGAGGACCUACGCAAACAUGUUCCAGAAGUUCGCAGAGCGCGACGCCAAGGUGAGGAAAACGAAACUUCCCAGAGACGACAGCACCAAAGAGGAGAGGAUCAACCCCCCUGCCAAGCACCGGCGGAGAAGCAGAGAGCACCUGUGAGCCUGGCAGAGAGGAGAGUAUCCCAGGUCCACUCGCGAGGGGGAGAGGGGGUGCCGCAGACGCACACACACACCCCCCCUCUGAAACCUCAUGGCACUGACAGCAUUCCUAAAUACAGGCUCGCUUCAUCAGCCCCAGAGAGCUCAGCAACUCCUUCUAUUCUUACUAUUGUUAAUAGUGUAAUAAGAAUUAGUACUGUUAUUAUUAUUGUUAUUAUUAUUAUUGUUGUUAGGUAAAGCAUUUCAAGUUAUUUACUGAUACUUAAGUACAACUGCUGGAAAAAAAACAAAAAACAAAAAAAACGGUCCAGACUUUUUUUUUUUAUAUUCCAAUAUCCAGAAAGACACUUGAUCAGAAUGAAGAUGCAGGUGUGCAACAGACUCUCCUGCUGUUCCCAUUAAUAAAGCAUCACACAGUCCGGGAGAGAAGCCUCUCCUAACACCACUAGGGCAGAGAGGGAAUCCUGUUUAAAUCUCACCAGCGAUUCUGCCCCAGAGGAACAGGCUGCAUGGUUAAACGUGCUAAUGUCAGAUGAGACCUGGCAAGAAAAAACAAGGACACUUUUACUGAGGCUACCUCUCCCACACAGCGGGGCAGCGGCUGAGCUGGGACUCCAAACCACUGCUCCAGCUCCCAGCCCUCCACCCACACCACUAGGCUAUACACAACUUAUCAUGGAUGAGACGCUCCAAACAGUGCAGCACAGAAGAGACUGGUACACCUGGGAAUCUUCCAGAGCACCUUGACUGAAUGUUUUACUGUUUCAUUAUUAUUAUUAUUAUUAUAACUCAUUCCAAAAGAGUACAACAUACAUCACCUCCAGGUCCCAAAAAAACAAACAAAACAACAAGUGCUUCAGAAACAGCACUUGAGUGUUAGCGCUCACUAGAGUGUUAGUGCUCACUUGAGUUUUUAAUGUUUCAAGGUUAGAUGUAAGCAGUGUUAUUAAUUAUAAAUUAACAUACUAAGCGUU